CUGAAUGGAGACAUCCCCCAGGUUAAGAAGAGUGCUCAUGAGGUCAUCCUGGACUUCAUCCGCUCCAGACCACCUCUCAACCCUGUUGCUGCCAGGAAGUUGAAGCCCCACCCUGCYCGGCCGCGAAGCCUCCAUGAGCGCCUCCUAGAGGGCAUCAAACAGGAGAGGAAGCUGCGGCCUGUAUCACCUGACAUGACCCGGCGCAAUCACCUGGACCUGUCGACCCCGGAUGCCCUCAGAAAGCACGCCAGCAGCACCUUGGCCCUGUCCUGUCCAGCAGCUCACGGGAUGGGAGGGGCCCUUGGUCAGAGGAAGAGGCUCCUGAAGGCYCCCACGCUGGCUGAACUAUACAGCUCUGAGUCUGACGAUGAGSCCAGUCACAGCUCCUCCAGUUUGUCUGCAUCCAUGUUGGACGCCUCGUCUCCUGAAUCUGUCCUGGGGAAGUACAGUAAGAUACCUUCACUACAUUUUUGCUGUUUUUGAAAGUUGUAUUUAUUAUGUUUUCACUGAAUUUGUAAACUGUUACAUAUUCCACAUAAACAUACACGUUAAUACAUGAAAAAGUACAUUUCCAGACAUUUCAUAUCACCAAUCAUGAAUACUAACUAGUACACUAGAUCCCUCCACUCUUUGAAGGCUCCCGAGGUAUAGAAAACUAAGGCUGCAUCCUAAAUGGAACACGGUGCUACUGUUUUUAUCAAGUUUUUUUUGAUUUGACAUAUGAAAGAUUAUACAGUCAAACAGGUAGAGAGCAAAACACACACUGAUCCCCUCGCACAUCAAACCCCCCAAGUCUCUACGGCUGGCCAUGCUUUCCUCCUGGCUACCCCGACCCUGGCCA